AUGGUUUCUUAUUCUCAUGUAGCUAUUUCUUCUUCUUCUAAUUCUUCUUCAUCUAAUUCUAGUCCAUUUUCCACAUAUCCACAACAAGAAGUGAAGAAAAACAAAUCAUUACCCUCAUAUCAUUGUUCACUUCAUAGAGUUCGUAGCCUUCUAGCAAAACCUAUGACUAAACUACCAAUUGCUCCAUUACCACCAACACCUCCUAAAAUCUACAGAGUCGAACCUGUUAAUUUUAAGGAAAUUGUCCAAAUGCUCACUGUAGCACCCGAGUUUCAAUCCGUUUCUAAUAAAUCUAUCUCUAGUUCUGAUUCUGGUUCUGGCUCUGGCUCUGACUCUAUCUCUGUCUCUGGUUCUUUCAAUUCGAGGCGUUUACAAGAUAUCGCUCCUCCUCCACUUGAUCUCUCACCGGUUUCAUUACAAAGAAAUAAUGGCAAUAAUGAUAAUAUUGCUGCACAAUGGCGCGAGUUCCUUCGUCCUCCUUCUUCUUCUUCAAACAACCAAUUACUAGAAUCAAUUGAGACGUGCAUUGAUUUAAAAACGUCCGAAGCAGAAGAAAUAUCACAUGUAACGCCCCGAAUCCCAUCAGAAAAUUAUUUUGGAUCGUGCAGUCCGCUGGCUAAUUUCCCUCUAUCGCCUGCUUCUUUUGCAUGGUGUGCUUCGAUUCUUUUCAGCCCUGGCACGCUUACUUCACCAAGCGCGGUUCAAAUCAUUUGA